GUUUCAGUCAGGGGGGAGUCUGACAGGUAAAUCGUCCGUGAGCCCCGUCUAAUCUGGGAAAAAGGGAAUUUUAGCCUCUUCCUCCGGCCUGGGAAGACCAUGGCUCUCUCCAGGAUCUAUCGAGAGUCUCUGCUGGUGAUUUUACUGCAAAUCGUGCUGAUCUGCUCGGCUCAGAGGGGCCUGGUCGGUCCCAGAGGCUCCCAGGGGCCGCCCGGAGUAGCAGGCGUACCCGGAGUGGACGGCAUUGAUGGCGACAGAGGAGAAGACAACACAGUGACCGGCGGACUAGGCCCUGAUGGAGAUAACGGUAAAGACGGAGCUCCAGGAGCUGCAGGACUCCCGGGCGCAGACGGACCAGUUGGACCUUCUGGAGAUCCAGGCACUGUGGGCCCUAAAGGACCUAAAGGAGAUGCUGGGGCACAAGGACCAGCUGGAGAGCUCGGAGUAGGACCCGAUGGGCUGGAUGGUAUUCCAGGUACAGACGGGUUGCCGGGUGAAUUGGGCAAAGUUGGAGCACCUGGAGCGAGAGGAAAGAGAGGGCCAGUGGGUUUUCCUGGUGCUGCCGGGCCGCGGGGUCCUCCAGGCGUGUAUAAAGGAGAGGACCUGUGUCCCAACACCUGCCCUGCUGGACUCCACGGACACUCCGGUCUCCCUGGCAUGAAAGGCCACAAAGGAGUUAAAGGUGAAUCUGGAGAGCCCGGAAGACAGGGACACAAGGGAGAGGAGGGCGAACAAGGAACGAUGGGCGAAUUCGGAGCUCAAGGACUACCAGGUCCCGGUGGAGCAAGAGGCCUCCCAGGAAUUAUUGGCUCCAAAGGCGACAGGGGACCUCGUGGAAAGUCAGGGGAUCUUGGUCCUCAGGGAAUCCAGGGAGCCCCAGGCGAUGUCGGUCAGAGAGGAGUCAUAGGUGAGACCGGGCCAGCAGGAGUUCAGGGUGAACGUGGUCCAGCUGGAAUCAGAGGAGUGCCCGGGCCGAAAGGAGAGGCUGGUCUUGCUGGUCCAGAUGGCCGAGAGGGGAUACCUGGGCUGCCAGCACCCAAGGGCAUUCCAGGGAAAAACGGGGCUCCAGGUGAUGCCGGCCUUCAAGGACUUCCUGGUUUGCCGGGGACUUUUGGCCAAAAAGGAAUCAGUGGUGCAGUGGGUACCACAGGUGAUCCAGGUAGUGUCGGACUGAUGGGGUCCCCAGGAAAACAAGGCGAGCGUGGUGACCAAGGAGAGGUGGGCCCAGUCGGACCCAGAGGAGGACCAGGCGCUCGUGGAGUGAGAGGGCCUGACGGGCCUCUGGGAGCACCAGGAUCCAGGGGAGCUAAAGGAGACCUUGGCCUGCCCGGACUUCCUGGUCCUGCUGGGUAUCGUGGGCAGAAGGGCGACAGGGGUGCAGUUGGUCUCGAUGGUCCACAGGGAGAUCAGGGAGCUCCAGGUGAUGAAGGAACAUCAGGAACUGUUGGAGAACUGGGUGAUCAAGGAGAAGCGGGAGAGAAAGGAUCGACGGGCCCACCAGGAGAGACAGGAAACAAAGGAUCAGAGGGCGGCCGAGGACAGCAGGGCAAAGAGGGCAAAGAGGGUCAACCAGGACCCCGAGGCAUGCAGGGAGACAUGGGAGUACCAGGCCUGCCGGGGACCCAGGGACCAGCGGGAAAAUCUCCAACAGAUACUCACAUCAAACAAGUCUGCAUGAGGGUAAUGCAAGAGCAGCUGGCCCAGCUCGCAGCCAGUCUGAGACGCCCUGAGUCGGGUAUCUCUGGGCUGCCCGGCCCCCCCGGCCCCCCUGGACCUCAAGGCGUCGGCGGAGAGAACGGCUUCCCCGGACACACCGGGUCCCGAGGUCUGCCCGGUCUGAAGGGUCCUGCUGGGAUAAUGGGUCGCAAAGGACCCAAAGGUGACGUGGGUGACAGAGGGGACAAAGGACCCACAGCAAGAGGACCCAAAGGAGCCCCCGGUGCCACCGGUCAACCAGGUAAUCCCGGUCGACCGGCGUACGGUAAGGACGGUCGUGAGGGGAUGAGGGGACCCCGCGGUGUUCCCGGUGCGUUGGGCGUUCCCGGGCCUCCCGGUCCCGCCGGCAUGAACGGUUACUGCGAGUCGUCACAGUGCAUCCUGCCCAUGGUGGCGGCGCCCGUCUCUGCCAAGGACUCCAGCAUGAAGGGCCCCAAUGACAUGUGAGGAGGGGGAACUGAAAGACUGGAGGAGAGAUCUCCAUGGAAGUCCAUUUUGUCUUUAAUUCGGAAAGUAAUUUUGUUCUCUUGAAGCCAUCUUUGAGGUUGACAUGGAGGUGGACGCUGAACAGAAAACAUCUGAACAUAAAAAAAGUUCCAUUUUACCUCACUGCCAUCUCUGUACUGUAAAAUCAGAGAAGAAUUCACUGAUUGUACAAACCUGCCCGCCACAUCUCUGUCAAAGUGUUUCUGUAUUUUAUGUAAAUGUGUCAAUACGCAAAUUAUACAGCUGGAUGACGUACAUUUUGUUUGUGAGUAUCUUUGUUGUUAUUCCACUUUAACCCCCCCGCUGUGCCUCUAAAUGUAGGAUAUGUUUGAUAAUUUCUCUGUCAUGGCGACUGUUGUUUUUGUGAAUGGAGGGCGGCGAUGCGUUAAACCUCUCUGACAGUUUUAUAUGACUUCUUAUUUAUUAUAUCAAGAUUCAAGGUGACAUCUACGAGUUGUACAAAGGAGGAAAUAAACACAUUUUGAUAACCUCUUGCAUGUUUUGUAUGGGCAAAAAAACCAGCCAGGACAGAGUACAAACAAAACGAAUUAAAAGUGAAUUUCUUUGAUCAACAGCUUUGAGAAUUAUUCCUAUAAAUCCUGAAGAU